GAGGCUACACCAGGAGCACCAGAUAUAAUAGAUGACCCAGAGCGGCUUGCAAGUGAAGUGGCACUUCACCUGGAAGGACUGUUUGGGACCCUGAAUGGUGGUGAGGGAAGAGGAGCAGGAGCAGGGUUCUUUACCCAUCACUGGACCAUCCUAUAUCCAAGAUGGCUCAGUCUUCCCCAGCAGAUGAAGGUCCUACAUUUGAACAUCUCUGGAGUAGUUUAGAACCAGACAGUACGUACUUUGAUAUCCCACAAACCAACCUCUCCAGCAGCAAUGAGGCUGUGCCAAACCUGUCACAAAAUCGAACUGAGGUUUGCAUGGAUGUGUUUCAGAUGAGGGACAUGAAUGAAUCUGUGAUGUCCCAGUUUAAUUUGCUAAACAGCAGCAUGGAUCAGAGUAUCACCAACCGUGCAUCUUCCGCCAGCCCUUACAACUCGGAGCACACAUCGAAUGUCCCAACGCCAUCUCCCUACUCUCAACCAAGCUCUACGUUUGACACAAUGUCGCCUGCUCCAGCUAUCCCCUCCAACACAGACUACCCAGGACCACAUUUAUUUGAAGUCACUUUUCAGCAAUCAAGUACUGCAAAAUCAGCUACCUGGACUUAUUCACCACUGCUGAAGAAACUUUACUGUCAGAUUGCAAAGACGUGUCCCAUCCAAGUGAAACUGGCUUCGCCACCACCUCCGGGCAGUGUAGUGCGUGCAAUGCCAGUUUAUAAAAAGGCUGAACAUGUGACUGAAGUGGUGAAACGUUGCCCCAAUCAUGAACUUGGCAGAGACUUCAAUGAUGGCCAGUCUGCUCCAGCCAGUCACCUGAUCAGGGUGGAAGGAAACAAUCUGGCUCAGUAUGUUGAUGAUGCUGUCACCGGGCGGCAGAGUGUCAUGGUACCAUUCGAACCCCCACAGGUUGGAACCGAGUUCACUACAAUUCUCUACAACUUCAUGUGUAAUAGCAGCUGUGUGGGUGGAAUGAAUCGAAGACCCAUCCUCAUCAUCAUUACCUUGGAAACAAGAGAUGGUCAGGUUCUUGGACGUCGGUCAUUUGAGGGUCGAAUCUGUGCCUGCCCAGGAAGAGAUCGGAAAGCGGAUGAGGAUCAUUACCGUGAGCAGCAAGCCAUCAAUGAGAGCGCAGCAAAAAACGGAAAUGGUAACAAACGCACCUUCAAACAGACACCACAAGCAGCACAGGGACCCAAUGCAGGCAUUAAAAAAAGGAGACAUGGAGAUGAGGAGUUCUUCUACGUACCAGUGCGAGGCCGAGAGAAUUUUGAAAUCCUUAUGAAGAUCAAAGAAAGCCUGGAGCUGAUGGAACUGGUACCUCAGCAGCUUGUUGACUCCUACCGGCAGCAGCAACAGCAAUUGCUGCAGCGACAGCAGCAGUCUUCAUCUUACGGCACAGUGAUACCCCCCACAAACAAGGUACCCAAUAUGAUGAACAAACUGCCCUCUGUCAACCAGCUGGUGGGACAGUCCUCCCAGCACAGCCCAAGUACCUCAGCCACCCAUGGACAUAUUGGGCCAACUAUAAUGAAUAACCACCACCAUCACCACCAUCAUCACAUCCCAACCAAUGGAAACAUGAAUGGAGGGAAUUCCUCUCAGUCAGCAGGCAUGGGGCCUGCUUCACACUGCACCCCGCCCCCACCCUACAAUGCAGACCCUGCUCUCGUCAGUUUUUUAACAGGUCUGGGCUGCCCUAACUGUCUGGAAUAUUUCACCUCACAAGGGCUGCAGACUAUGUACCACUUGCAGAACCUUUCCAUGGAGGAUCUUGGAGCAUUAAAGAUUCCAGACCAGUAUAGGCUUCUGAUUUGGAGGGGGCUUCAGGAGUUCAAACAGGGGCAUGACUACAGCUCACAACAGUUGAUCAGAUCCAGCAACAACACCGCCACAAUCAGUGGAGAGCUUCAACGUCAGCGGGUGAUGGAGGCUGUACACUUCCGAGUGCGUCACACCAUCACCAUACCAAACCGGGGCGAUGACUGGGGAGACUUUGGCUUCGACCUGCCUGACUGCAAGACGCGAAAGCCGUCAAUCAAAGAGGAGUUUACUGAGAGUGAGCUAAAUUAAACACAGGAAAGGGAAAAGGAAGCUCUGCGGCAUCUCGCGUUGCUAAAAGCACUGACUGUUGUAAAAUAAGCUGAGGGAGGUUGGAGUGUCUGUUCCAGCUGACCAAUCCUGCUAUAAUGCUACAAACAUUGUCCCUGGUUGCUCCUUGCCCAGGCAGGUUAAAUACUCUGCAGAACAGAGGAGUUCACUUAUCAAUCAAACGUGGGGUCGCCUCACUGCUCUUCUCGGAGUUAAUCUGAAUGCUCAAUUUUUUUUUCCCUCUUUCACAUUGCCUUCUAUCUUUGCAAUAUUUUCAAUCAGAUAACACUUGCACAUCCACCACCAUACUCCAUCAAUCAUUGAUUAUGGGUCUGCAAUGCUUCUUGUUUACUCCGAGCAUAGCAUCUGUCACAUUCCUCCUCGUGCUCUGCCCAACUGUUGCCAUGCACAGCUCACACUUUACUGGACUGCCAGAAAUAUUUGUGAACAUUCAACAGGUCUGUCAGCACAGUGUACUAGCAGACCAGCUCUACUCCAUCCUUCCUGUGUAUUCAUACAUUUGUUGAUUUCCACAAUUGAUAAUGUUGUUGACUCAUGGCAUUACAGGAAAUUUUUGAUGAUGAGAACUAAGUGUGUAUUGAAACGUAAUGUCUACUUGAACUGAAAACUUUUCACCUACAGUGCAGUUCUCCUCUUCGUCAAGGAGCUCCCGUCUUAAUACACAGGAAAAUAGUCUUAGAGGUACUCCAAAGUUAACAGAUAAGAAAAAAAGGAUGGGUGGGUAAAGCCUUCAUUGUGGGUAUACUGUUAAGGCUAAGGACAACUGUGUUAUUGAGAGAGGAGUUUGAUAUCUCACUAGAUUAUGACAACAUCUUACAAAUCUAGCAUUUUUAUAUUUUUUAAAAAUGAAAAUAUUGUGAAUAUACAGCAGGACCAUAAGAACUUGUUAGGUGACAGUCGAGAUUAAUGUUUCAAGUGUAGAGUAGAAACUGGAAUAAAGGGGGCCCCUUUAAACAUGUUCCAAAGAUUUUAAUAUUUCUCAUGAGUAUUUGUUGUUUCCUUUUGCCAAAAAGUACACCCAUUGCUUCAAAUUGGUUUGCAUUUCUACAUUAUUCCAUUACAUGUAUUAUAUAAAGUGUUAAUCUCAAUACAAUACAAUUCCUUAAAGUGGCCCCCUGAUCUUCCAUUUCCUACAUUUUACACCAGAAAUGUUAAACUGUCACCCACCUUCCUCUCACCCAGUUGAGUUUAAACUGAGCCAGGCUGACAGGGACCAAUGUGCAUGUCUUUGUAACAGAGUUUAUCAAGUUAGCUCCUGACCCAAUCCAGAGCAAACAAUCACUGGGACAAAAUCUAGGGGGAGUUUAGACUUGCCUGUCAGUGGAGAAGAAAGCUAGUCUGAGUUUAAACUCACCUGUCAGUUUAUUAUUUUUGUCCAAAAAGAAUUUCUACCAUUUAGUUUUCCAUUCAAUCCUGGGUUAACCAUUAAACACAUUAGUCUGUCCUUCAACCUGCCCUUCAGCUGUGCAGCAUCUUGCUGUCUUCAUCACACACACAGGUUGCUGAAAUGUUCAUCUGCACCUGUCAUACUGUCACAUUCAACUCCUCCAGCUCUCUUCACUAGUUUCACCAGAUUCUGCCCCAUUCAAACAUCAGCCCUCCAUCCUGAUAAUCCAGCAUCUCUAUCCUCUGCUCUCUAUAGGUGAGAACAGUUGCUGUCCAUCUAAGAACUAUUUCAAAAUACCUGCCUUUCAAGGACCUCGUGUUGAGAUUUGGAAAGCUCAUCCAAGACUAAUAUGUUGAGCUGAAAAUUGUUUCUUUGAGCUGAUUUCCAGGCCCUUUCCUACACUACUCUGAAGCCAUACUCACUGCUUAAUCUUCCUCCACUACUCCAGAGUGAAACAUCUUAAGGUAGUCCAUUAAGUUGAAUGCAUUUGAUACUCCAUUAUUCAUGGUGAGGCAGGGCCUAUUUUUAAUGUGUAAUCAAUAGAUGAUACUUUAUUGAUGCAACAGGAAACUUCACCCACCAAGCACACAAAAAAGCACACAAACACCAGCAUUCUAAUUUGGCUUCACGUGUGAAUCAUCAACUGAUUCCCACAUCAGAUACAUCAUUCACUGGAAAUAUCAUUGCAACGUGUGACACAUAAACUAUGCCCCAAAAUAGCCCUUGAAUCCCCAAAUUAAUUUGUAAUUCUAUGCUUGGUUAAAUCUUCUAGCUAGGAAAGAAAAUCCUCAGUUUGAAAGAUCUGUAAGCUUCAUCUUUGGCAGGGGUUCCCAACCUGGGAUCCACAGACCCUUUGCUUAAUGUUUAGGGUCCAUGGCAUAAAAAAGGUUGGGAACCCCUGAUCUAUGGGAACCCCUUGAAAGGCAAUACCCACUGUGAGUAAGGUAGCUCUAACACAAGUUAAUGGCAGCUCUAGCGCAGUCACUAGUGAGACUCCAUCAUGUAUGCAUGAUGGCAAGGAAUCAUACCUAUAACACUCGAGGAUGCAUUGGUCUGUAAUCUUCUAGAUCCAAUUGCACACUAAUUCAUAUUGAUGAAGCUGGAUUUCAACUAAUUUUAUCCGAGGACAGAACAGACAUAUAAAAAGACCUGUAAGGCAACAAAAACUUGCCUCUAGAAAACUGAAAUUAAAGCAGAAAUGCUGGAAAUAUCCAGCCGGUUUGGUAGCAUCCACAGAGAGAAACAGAGAUAAUGUUUUAGGUCAAUGGAUUUUCAUCAGAUGAAACAUUAAUUCUUCUUUCUUCAUGGACACUGCCAGACCUGUUAGAAAAUCACAAAAUACCCAGCAUUUUGUUGUAUACUGAAACUUAAUGCACUGUUGACCAGUUUCUGACCCUACUCUUUCUGUCCCAGACUAUUUCCAGGUCAAUUAAUUUCAGGUAUUUUAAUGCAUGUUAAUUUCUUUUUAAUUGAAAUACUUUAAUCAUGAGCUCUUGUGCAAAAUCUUACUAAGACUUUCACUGAAAACGUGUUGUUCCAUUGGUUUUAAACAAUAUGUAAAUAUAUAUAUUUUUUCCUUUUUGAUGCAUUUUGUGAUGUACACACCUUGCAGGGCAAGGCAAUUCUAUCCCAAUGAACUAAUGGAAUUCCUCAAGCCAUCUGUAGCAGAUGCAGUCAAAUUUAUUGCAUGUAGUGCUGCAGUGUUGCAUUUAGAGCCAGUGGCUAUUGCUUCUGUCCCAUUGUGGAAAAGACUGAGCUCCUGGAAGCACGGUUCAUUCUUUCUCAGCUAAAACACAGGGUAAAUAAUGGACGGUGGAAGUUCCCAGUGGGUCACACUGCAGGGAGACAAAUAAAUGUCUUUUUGUUUCUUCUAGGUGUCAACCAAGUUAUUUACAAAACCGUCCAUUGUUAAAAUGGGCGGCCCAAUUAGAGGAAGAAAAGGGUUGUGUGGAGAGGUGGUGGCAGUACUUCACCUCAAGUUCUGGGCUUCAUUUUGUCACUGGAUAAAAUUUAACAGUGGAUCAGUGCUCCACCUGCUUGGGCAUAGGUGAAAAUUAAGGAGGGGAAAAUUGGUUCAUGCAUUGUUUUUUUAAUUAGACUGUCUUGUUUUGAUGGUUAGAAAAUUCCUGACUUAAUCCCAAAGAGUACAGCCAAUGCUAGAUGCAACACACAACAUGCUGGAGGAACUCAGCAGGCUAGUGAGAAUCUAUGGAAGAGUCCAUUGAUUCUGCCUGAACUGCUGAGUUCCUCCAGCAUUUUGUGCAUGUAUUGCUUCAGAUUUCCAGCAUCUGCAGUCUCUGUUUUGUUGUCAACACCAGGUGGUGGCAGGCUGCUUUUAGAGACCCCCACAACACUGGCUUGGCCAGUUGCAAACACAAUAUGUGGAGCAGAGUAGAGUGGCUUUGUUUUUGAAGUGUAACUGGCCCACCUUCUACGUAAAAGUUGACAGCAGUCACCUUCAAAAAUAAAGUGCCCGACUUUAUUCCAUCAAAUGACCGAAUGAUGCAACCAUUCAGGUGACAUUAAUCUCCCCAUUGCUCACCAUACUUUUGCUAUUAAUAGAAGUUUUCAAGAACGAUUUUUAAAAUGCCUUUUAAAGUCCUGAUUAUUAUUUAUUGAAUCAUGAUGGAAAGAUGGCAAAUUAAUACUUAUUUUUCUGAUAAUUCCAGAAGGUUUAGUAAUCCCAUUAUCCCAGUGGGCACAGUGCCUUGAAUAGCCAGAAGAUUUAAAAAGGGAAGGGUGGGGGAUAAAUCACACAACUAGGGAGGCAUGUUUUAACAAUAAACAAGUUUGGGACAGAAAUGUGGAAGGUCUUUGUAAAAUGUGUGUGAACUCUUAACCAUAACCUCUGUAAUUUUUUAAAGACUGCAAUGAAUCAAGGAUGAAUAAUAUCCCAUUUCCUUGUUUAAAAAUCUGUGCUAAGUAAAUAUACUGCACCAGAUUGGUUACGGCUGGCAGCACUGGCAUUGUACAGUUAAUAUUGUGGUGACCUUGAAGUUCAGGUUGCUCCAUGCACCCUUUAUACCCAAAUGGUUAACAAGUCCCAGUUAAAUUUCCACAGUACUAUUUCAAUCCAGCUGGUGACCCACUUGCUGUGAAAACGUUGCCCAAUGAACCACAAGGAAUAAAUUGAUAGAAUAAAUCUGAGAGCCAUUUACAAGGGCUGUUUAUACAUUGAGGAGCCUGUGUCUGCUUCAUCUCAAAUCAACUGAUAAGGACAGGGUUUCAGGAAUUAUAUUCCCAUUCCUGUUUUUAAAAAAUAAAAUUUAAUCAGUUUAUUAUAAUAGUGGAAUUGUAUCUCCAGCUGACUGAAGAUUAGAUGUUGCAUGGACAGAACAUGAGGAAACAUCUGCUUAAGCCCCAAGGUUGUACCCACAUCAGCCCCAGUUUUCCUCUAGACUACCCUUUAGAGAAUCACACAAUCAAUUCCCCAAUGAAGACAUAGAUUUAUUUUCAAAACAUAGAUUUAUUUUCAAAGCUAUGGAACUGCUCGUACAAUCAAAAUGAGUGAAGUGUAGAACACAGAUGUAUUUAUCAUCGGUCACAGUCAGCAUUUUCACUCCAUCUGUCUGAAAGGUAAUUAUUUGUGGUUCCCUAUUUUUUAACCUGUACCUUGGAUUCAAGAAGUGAUGAAUGCCUGUAAGUCAUUAAACUACGGACCAAUGAACUACUGCUGCUCUUACUGACAUCUGGACACAUGCAGUUUCCAGCUGAGGCCACUGGGCAGGCAAAUUCUGAGUGAUUUUAUUAUCAGUGAUGACAUAAUUGGCCUUCAACUGAUUACAAUUAAUUCUGGAGAUCAAAUGGUUUGAGUGUUAAGAACUUAAGGUAGGCAGGCAGAAAUUAACUAUCUGGUCCCUACGGGUUAAUAUUGUCACAUGUACUGAAGUGCAGUGAGAAACAGUUUUGCAUGCCAUUCAUGGAUUCUCCAAUCUUGACCACAGCCCUAUUUUCCUCCCCAUUCCCCAUCACCCUUGACUCACCUGUGGACUUUACACCUCAGCCUUGAGUGUAUUCAUAGCUUCCCUUUGCAGAGUUUUCCAAAACUUCAUGAUCUUUUGAGAGAAAAAAAAUAUUAACUUUUAAAUUGGUUGUCCCUCAUCCCACAAUUGCACUCCCUCAUCUGAAAUUCUCCAGGAGGAAAUUUCCUUUCAGCAUCUGCCUUGUUCUAUUUAUAUUACUUCUCAUUCUUCUAAAUGCCAAGGCACUACCUUUUGACAUGCCAAGAAUCACCGUGUCGACCAAAGACUAAAACGUGAUGCUAUCCCUGCCGUAGUCAAGAACUGAAUGGUUUCUUCUUGAAGAGGGAAAACGGCUCUGCGUCCUCCCACCCUGUCCACUGACCAGAAUCUGCUUAGGCUCCAGCACUGUAGAUCACUGUGGUCUCAUCUUUAAACUCAAUUGCUAAAACAACAAUCAUGAAAUUAGCCUUCCCAUGACUCAUAGUCUCUCACACACACUGGUGCACUUUUCCCAGCACUGCGUGAAAGGGGGCUGAGGUGGAAAAAUACCCAUUAUUUUUUUCAUUUUUUUUUAAGACAUUGAAAUCCGACAGCAAUCAGUACCCAGAAACAAUUUGCAACUUGUUUUUAAAAUACUGUAUCAUGAUCUCACAAUUCUAGGAGCUCUUUCUCAGUCAUAAUCUGGUGGACACACUGUAAAAUUACAUUUUGGGCACUUGUGUGACCCCACACCUCUGAAAAAUAGCAAUUUAAAGCACUUUAUUGCUUUAAAUGUUAAAGAAUUUUAAAAAUAGUUUCAAUGUCAACUAAUGCUUUUUAAGCCAGUAUUAAUUGUUAUCUUAUAUUCCAAACCAGUUGUAAUUGUGUAGUUUUUUUAUUUGUAAUGUAUCAUUUGAAAUUGUCUCAGGAUGUUUUGUAUCACAAUAAAGCACAUGGAUCCUG